AUGACGGUGCAGCUGGUGGGAGCUUGGCCGGAAUCCUGAGAAGGUUUCUUCGUCGUCCUCAUGUGCUGCUGCGUGACGAUGCUAACCGCCAUCUCGAUGAGCGCGAUCGCCACGAACGGCGUCGUUCCCGGCGGCGGCUCCUACUUCAUGAUCUCGCGCUCGCUCGGACCCGAGUUCGGAGGAGCCGUCGGCCUCCUCUUCUACCUCGGCACCUCCUUCGCGUCGGCGAUGUACAUCAUCGGCGCCGUCGAGAUCCUGCUGACCUACCUCGCGCCGCAGCUGUCGCUGUUCGGCGACGUCACGAACGACCCGGCGGGCAUGUUCAACAACUUCCGCGUGUACGGAACCGCGGUGCUGCUCCUCCUCGCCGCGAUCGUGUUCGUCGGCGUGCGCUUCGUGAACAAGUUCGCCGCCGUGUCGUUGUUCUGCGUGAUUCUCUCGAUCCUGUCGAUCUACGUCGGCGCGUUCGUGAAGGCCGCGGGCGGCGACACGUCGGCGCAGCCGUGCGCGCUCGGCGAUCGCGUGCUGAAGAGCGACUAUGCGGGCGAGUGCGGGAAGUGGGACGGGAACGGCAGCGCGUCGACGCAGUGGGCGUACUACUGCGCCGCCGCCGCCGCCGCGGCAACGGACGAGGGCAACGGGACCGGCGGAUACGCGGAGUGCACGCCGUACUUCCAGCAGAACGAGUUCGGAACGAUACAAGGUAUCCCGGGCCUCGCGAGCGGCAUCGUCGCCGACAACUGGGACAGCUCGUACCUCGUCGACGGGGAGACGUCGCCGGGCGUCGCCGGCAACGCGCGCACGAUGGUCGUCGCCGACAUGGCGACGUCGUUUACGAUCCUCGUCGGAAUCUUCUUCCCCUCCGUGACGGGAAUCAUGGCGGGGUCGAACCGCUCCGGCGACCUCGCCGACGCCUCGCGCUCGAUCCCGACGGGCACGAUCGCUGCCAUCUCCGUCACGAGCUUCGUCUACUUGUCGUCGGUCGUCCUCUUCGGCGCGUCGAUCGACCGGCGCCUCCUGCUGGACAAAUUCGGCGCGUCGCUCGACGGCGGCCUCAUCGUCGCGCAGCUCUGCUGGCCGCACCCGCUCGUCAUCGUCAUCGGCUCCUUCAUGUCCUGUCUCGGCGCGGGGCUGCAGAGCCUCAUGGGGGCGCCGCGGCUGCUGCAGGCGAUCGCGAGCGACGGCAUCGUGCCGUUUCUGGCGCCGUUCGCGGCGAGCACGUCGCGCGGCGAGCCGGCGCGCGCGCUCCUGCUCACCGCGCUCAUCUCCGAGCUGGGCGUGCUCAUCUCGUCGCUCGACUACAUCGCGCCCAUCAUCACCAUGUUCUUCCUGAUGUGCUACGGCUUCGUGAAUCUCGCGUGCGCGCUGCAGACGCUGCUGCGCACGCCGAGCUGGCGGCCGCGCUUCCGCUUCUACCACUGGUCGCUGUCGUUCGCCGGCAUGGUGAUGUGCGUGGCGGUGAUGUUCAUCACGAGCUGGUACUACGCGCUCGCGGCGAUCGCGCUCGCCACCUGCAUCUACAAGUACAUCGAGUUCCGCGGCGCGCAGAAGGAGUGGGGUGACGGCAUCCGCGGGCUGGCCCUGUCCGCAGCCAG